AUGGCGUCAAUUAGCCGGCUGUUCACGCUGGCUCUGUGGAUCGGUCUCCUGACCCCCAUCUACAUGCUCCUCGAGAAGAACCUGGAGAAGUUCUACAUCUUCGACCAUGAGCAUCUGCACGAUCUCUCGAAGCGCGCGAUCGCCGCGCACGGUAACGACACUCGGUCUGUGGUCAACUACAUUGUGACCGAGCUCAAUGGCAUCGUUCCCAAGCACGUUAACCUCGACGAGGAAUGGGUCUUCAACAACGCCGGUGGUGCUAUGGGUGCCAUGUACAUUAUCCACGCCAGUAUCACUGAGUACCUCAUCGUCUUCGGUACCGCCAUUGGAACUGAGGGUCACUCCGGCCGUCACACCGCCGACGACUACUUCAACAUCCUCUACGGAACACAGCUCGCUUACGUGCCCGGCGAGUACAAGCCUGAGGUCUACCCUCAGGGCAGUGUUCACCACCUCCACCGCGGCGAUGUCAAGCAGUACAAGAUGGACGAGGGUUGCUUCGCGCUCGAGUACGCCCGCGGCUGGAUCCCUCCCAUGCUGUUCUUCGGUUUCGCGGACGGCCUGUCCAGCACGCUUGACUUCCCCACCUUGUGGACGACUACGCGCAUUACCGGUCGUGAGAUGAUUUCCAACUUGCUGAAGGGCAAGUUCUAA